UAAGCGUCUACCGGAUGUGCUCGUCUGCCCAUCGGAAAUACCUCCGAGGUAGAAAUACAUAUCUCUCGGAAACAUUCCUAGUCUAACUAGGUAUAAUUCGUCAUUGCCGAGUUGUUGGAAAUUUAAAUAAGAUGGGAAAUGCAGGUUCCUCAGGCCCUGCAGACAUGGAGUCCACAGAGGCAAAGUAUAUACAACAGACUGUGAAGGACAACUGUGUGGUCAUCUUUUCAAAGUCAUACUGCCCUUACUGUGAUGAUGCUGAGAAAAUCUUUAAAAGACUCAAUGUUGGAGCCACAAAAAUUGAACUGGAUGACAGAAGAGAUGGAGCCAAAAUACAGAAUAUACUUGGGCACAUGACAGGUGCAUUUACUGUGCCUAGAGUGUUUGUGAAUGGCAGCUGUAUUGGUGGAGCUUCAGAAACCACACAGCUGCUAAAGAACGGAAAAUUGCAACAACUUAUUAAUCAAUGUGGAAAUUAAAUAACUGAUGUGAACUAACAAUGUAAACAUUAUAAUUACAUAUAAAAUCCUUUAUAAUUGAUUAGUCCCCUACCAGGGGGGCUAUAGGUUUUGCCUGCGUCCGUCCGGUUAAAGUUUUGGUUAAAGUUUUAUAAUGGCACACCAUUCACUUAACAAUGGUAUUAGGAUGCCGAUUCUUUGCAUAGAGAGUCUUUGGCAUUACUUUGUAUGGUUAAAACUGAAAAAAAGAAUACCUGAAUAUCUUUUAGGGGCAGGAAACGUUGUUUAUUCAACCCAAUAGAGUUGAAUUUACACAUUAUUUGGAAUGAAUUUAUUUUCAUAAAAUGAUCAUGUUUCAGUUUUUGCUUAACUUUUUUACUCAAAUUUGGCUAAAGUUUAGACUUGAGGGCGCCGGUAGGGGACAUGUAUUGGUUUAGCAAUUAAUACUCACAGAAUGCUUGUUCAACUAGAUAAUUUUUGAUGUGGUCCCUCAAAUCACUGGGGUUGCCGUCAUUUAAAAACUAUUGUCUUGUUGGAUAAAUGAAUGUAGGUUUCUUCUUUGUCGCAGGUUUGCGUGUGAUGUCACUAAAAUGUAGUUUGUAGGAUUUCUUAAACUAUUAAUGAUUGAUAACUUAGUAUAAAGUAUGAAUUUUUGCCUACCAGUAUAUGGAAAGUCACUCUCACAAUAACCAUAUGUAGGGGAACUGGUCUGGACUGAACUUCGAUGGCUAGCUGGUAGCUCCAAUGGGUAGAGUUUCCGUCUAUUGUUCAGAGGUCCUGGGUUUGAGUCCCAGUCUGGUUGUUUCAUUUUUCCUCUUCUGUUACACAUAUUCUUCAGAAUAUUCCCAGUGAGAAAUACAACAUGUACCUGUAGGUCAUUUGUAUCUCAGUGAUAGAUCUGGUAUUAAAUAGUCAUGUAGUAGAUCCAUAUAAAAUGGUCAUGAAUUGAAUGUAUAAAUUAUUUUUGUAUUGUGCAAUAAAUUAACCUAUUUUUUUUCAA